AUGAUAAACCAAAGUUGGAGUAUUGAACUUUGGGAUCAAUUUGAUAAUGUAUCAAAAUAUACAGAAAAAAGUCUUCAAUUUUGUGAAAAAUAUGAAUCAUUUCUUAAAGAUCGUUGUACAAUAGAAGAUGAUUAUGCCAAAGGAUUAAAAAAAUUAACGAAAACUUAUGCACCAAAAUUAAAAGAACAAGAAGAAUUUUAUAAUAAAUAUUCAUAUACGGUUGCUUUUUGUUCAACAUUAAAAGAAUUACAUGAUUUAGCAUCACAACAUGAAAUAAUUGCUGAAAAUUUACGUGAACAUGCAAUAAAAAAAAUUCAAAUAACAAUAAAAGAAUGUCGAGAACAACGUAAAAAAUGUUUAGAUGAAUACAAUAAAAUAAAACGUCAACUUGAUAAACAAAAUGAUUUAUUGACCAAAUCAUUAAGAAAAUAUGAAGAAUGUUUUGAAUCUGCACGUCGUGCAAAAGAAAGUUAUGAAAAAGCUCAUGAAGAUCUUGAUUUAUCUCGUGCACAAUUAGAAAAAGCACGUGAUGUAAUGACAUUCAAAUCUAAAACAUGUGAUGAUGCACAUACAAAUUAUACAUCACAAGUAUCACAAUAUAAUGAUACUCAACGUUUAUUUUAUGGACAACAAUUACCAAGUAUUUUAUUAGAUUUACAAGAAUUAGAUGGAAAACGUUCUGAUGAACUUAAAAAAAUCUAUUUUCAUUUUAUUCAAUCACAUAGUGAAGUUUUACCACGCAUACAAAGAUGUUUAGAUGAAAUGUCGAAACAAACGGAACAAUUAAAUUCAUAUACAGAUUCACAAAUUGUUAUUGAUGAAUAUAAAUCUGGUUAUGCUAUACCAAAUGAUGAAAAAGUGAUUGAUCUAAGUACAAGUGAUCUUCCAUCAAUAUUACAUAAUGGACAUGAUCAACCAAUUUAUAAUGAAUUUACUCGUUCAAAUACAUUAAGAAGUAUCAAUAGUGAUUCUAGUCGUCCAAAUGGUACGGCAACUAUAUAUGCACCUAGUAGUCAUAUUAGUAGAACACAGACAUUAAUGAGAACAUCAGGAAUAAAUACAAGAAAAAGUAGUGGUGCAGCUAGUACAAUAAGAAAACUAUUUGGAAGUUCAACACAAAGAAAAUUUUCAAAUACUGCUAAUAAUGGUAUGGCAACAAUCAGUGCACCAUUUAGUUCUUUACCUCCUGCUCAACGUAUAAGAAAACUUCAAGAACAAAUUUUUAAUUGUAAAAAUGAAUUAGAAAAAAAACAAAAAGCCAAAGAAGGUUUAACAAAAAUGAAGCUUGUUUUUCAAGAAAAUCCUAAAUUUGGUGAUGAACAAAAUGUUAAACAACAAAUUAUAUCUAUUGAUGAACAUAUUGAAAAAUUAGUAGCUGAAAUAAAACGAUUUGAAUCUUAUAUAUCGGAAAUUGAACGAGCACGAAUAUCAACAUCAUCAGAUAUGGAUUUAUCUUUACGUUCACAUUCUAUUUAUGAUUCUGAUCAAUCUAUAAGUAAUCAUAAUUAUAGUACAUCAUCACAAAAUCGAAGUUCACUUUAUUUUCGUCAACAUCAUCGUAAACUUAUGAAUAUCAAUCGACGUUGGUCGACUACGGUUUGUUCACCUGAUAUUCCUGAACAUAAUAAAAAUAGUAUCUACGAUCAACCAAAUGAAUUUCAUUGUUUACCAUCGAUAAUAUCAAUGACAAUCAAUCAAACAGAUACAACAACACCUGAUACAAAUGGUUCAUUUGAAGAUGAAGAUAAUGAUGUUGAUCAAAUUGAGAGUCCAUAUCAUGAACCAUUAAAUCAAAACAAUUAUACUAAAGCAUGCGUACUUUAUGAUUUUAAUGGCCAUGGUAUCAAUGGUAGUCAAUAUGUAAAUGCUGCAUCAAUAUAUGUUGGUGAAAAUAUUGAAAUAUUAGAGGAUGAUCAUGGUGAUGGUUGGACACGUAUAAAAAAAUCUGAUGGUUCAACUGGUUUUGUUCCAUCAUCAUAUAUUCGUAUUGAUUCUCAAAUAGCUUCAACAUCGAUACAAUCCGGCCGUUUCUAA